CAUACUACAUGAUCUGUUUCUACCGCAGUAAACCACAUCUAAAAUCUAAAGUAUUUAUGCUUACACGUUUAUUCUUGUCUCUAAUUUGUCACUGAUAAAUUGAGAGAGAACCAAAUUAUGGGUGAAAUGGAGAGUUUUUCGGAUUGGAUGUCUUCCCUGAAUGAGAAAUUGACCAAAAUCCCUUUGAGCCAGCUUGCUAUUCCAGGUAGCCAUAAUGCCAUGGCAUACAACUUAGAUGUGAACUCUUCAGUCCUGGAACCCAAAAAAUUAAAAGCCUUGGACACAGUGUUAUUUAGAGCUAUAUUAAGGCCCAUUGUCAAAAAAUGGGGCACUGCUCAGGUAAAGACCGUCUCUGAGCAACUCGACGCUGGUGUCCGAUACUUUGAUCUGAGGGUUGCUGGGAAGCCAGAAUCCAGUGAUUUAUUUUUCUACCAUGGACUAUACACAACAAUGACAGUCAAGGAGGGAAUGACAGAGUUGGAGACAUGGUUAAGACAGCAUUCAAAGGAGGUGGUGAUUCUUGCUUUCUCACAUUUUAAAGAAAUGGCAGACAGUCAACACAAUGACCUGACCAGCUUCCUCAAAGAGCACUUUAAAACCAAACUCUGUCCCAAGACUCAAGUGCCCUCACUCAAGGACUGCUGGGAAAAUGGUUACCAGGUUAUCUUGUCUUAUGAAAACAGUAGUGUCCAUGAUGAUUCAGUCCUGUGGCCUCAAAUCGAGUACUGGUGGGCUGAUAAUUCAGAUCCCAAAGAAGUCAUUUUAUUCCUCAACAGCCAGAAACAAAAGGGAAGACCAGAGGGACUUUUCGUGGCUGGUCUUAAUUUGACCUUUGAUGGAAACGAUAUGCUGCUGUACCUCAUGAAGUCUUUAAAGGAGGAGACCACAGCUGCUUACCCUCAGUUGCUUGACUGGGUGAAGGAGCAACAUCAAGGUCCUGACAAAGAAGGCAUCAACAUCAUUGCUGGAGAUUUUGUUGGGAUGAAUAGCUUUGUUCAGGAUGUCAUUCAGCUUAACAGAGCUGAAAAUGGUUCAUGAAGAUCCAUCUGGCCAACACUUUAUGAGUCUGAAUAAACAAAAUGCAAAUAUGCCUGUCUAGUACCAAUUUCACAGGACUUUAUUAACAUAAUAGGUUUAUAGAUCUUUGCUGACAGCUUACAACGGUAACUACAGUUUUUGUUAAAAUGCCAAGUUUUAAAGCUUAGCAUUUUGAAUAAACUAAAACAAUUUACAAUAAAAAAU